UUGAGGAAAAUUGCUUGAGUUGCUUAUAAAGAGCUAUAUAAUGUAGUCAAAGUUGCUUGGUUUUUAAAAGUAUCAGUGUUAAAAAAGGUGAUUAAGACCCAGUAUAACAUAUGGGGUGCCCGAAAGAUUUCUGCCUGCGCAAUAUUAUGUAACUACCUAAAUGCCUAUAUCACAAAAGCCUGGGCUGAAUAGUUGUUAUUAUAUUAAGGUAAAUACUCUUCGUUGCAUUGAAGGAGGCAAGAGACUUGUCAAUGACAUCCAGCUACUUUCUUAAUAAAUUCAAUGAAGGCCUUCAAUCAGAUCGUUUUAUUCGGCGUAGGUGGUUGAUAAAUGUCAUGUGAGUGUUUGUAUGCAUGUGAGUAGGUACAAGUAAACAGUAGUGCAUGGUUUUACGUCUUUCUUCUUUAUCUUUAACCAUAAUGUUAACACUGUUGAAAAAACCAUGUCUGAACGGCCUUCCUGGAACUACCGUUUUAACGGAUGAAAUCAGAAAAGAGCUGAAUAUUAAUGAAAAAUUAUUAAAACUUGAUGCUAAGCAGUGGAGCGAAACAAAAGCAUUGGUGGAUGAUUAUUUCGAAAAUCAUCAAUUAGACUUCCAAAGCAUUGGGAAGAACGUGCUUAGAAGUAUUCUUGAAGUAUUGCUGACCAUAAGCAAUUACAAAUAUAUUGAAGGAAACAGGCACUUAAUCGCACAACCACUGCAGGAAUAUUCUUACAAAGUUUACAAGUAUUUGAGACAAACACACCUGCAAGAAGAAUUUGAAAGAUUCUUCAAGUUGAAAGAAGUAGAAGCCAGGAAAAACCUACAAGAGCUCUACGCAGAAAAAGAAGGAGAAGUUGUCGAGCACGCUUUGGAGAGGAGGACGCUUGUCCGAAUUGGCAAGCGCACAGAACGAGAAAUUGAUGCAGAAAAAGAAAACAUUGCACCAGUGAGUAGAAUAGUAAAUACCAAAAUAUAUCAAUAACUAACAUGAAUUUUUAAGUGCAAUAUAAAUAUUGUAAAAACCUCUAAGUCAUUCAAAAUUCAUCAUCCAGAAGCUUUGAUU